UAAGAACUUUGUGCCGGUACUGUUGAGGCACCAGAACCUGCCUAGACACAUUCCAACCCAGAUCACCAGCUGCAGGCGGAUACCAGUGGAGGGUUCUGGUCAGUUUGGCCAGUGAUGUCACACCAGCAGUAAAAACACCCUCUCAGGCAGCUAUAAAAGAAAGCAGCAUGAACUCUUUGGAGGAAUCCUGUACAAAGAAGCUUCAGCAGCUCCUCAUCACACUUUGAGACUUAAAGCUCCAACAUGAUCUUGCUCCUCUUCUUGUUCGGUCUGGCUCUGGGUGCUCCUUCUGAGUCUCCUUCUGAUGGCAGUGAAGUGAAGCUACAGCUUGGUAACUGUCCUCUGUCGUUCUGGUACAGUUUCAAUGGCCGCUGCUACAAAUAUGUGGCCACACACAUGAGCUGGGCUGAAGCAGAGCUCUACUGUGUGUCACAGCGAGCCAACCUGGUGUGUAUCCACAGUGAGGAGGAAGAGGAGUUUGUUAAAUCAUUAAUUAAGAACUUUGAUCAUGCUGAGCGAUACACCUGGAUUGGACUGAGUGACAUCCAUAAAGAAGGCAGAUGGAUGUGGUCUGAUGGUUGUGCAGUGAGUUUCGUCUACUGGCAUGCAGGACAACCAGACAAUGCUGAAACAAUUGAACACUGUGUUCACACUAACUAUUCAAACUUAAAGAAGUGGAAUGAUUACUCUUGUUCUCUCAUUUUACCUUCUGUUUGUGCAACACGAAUAACCUGCCCUUAGAAACUAAAAUGUAUAUUUUCCCUGCAUUGUA